AUGAGUUUUGAUGAGUUCUUCUCCUCUCUGAAAGAAGCGACAGGCAAAGACUACCAGAGAAGUGACGUGGAGGAGUUAUUCAAUGAGAUGGACAUCUCUUGCGAUGGUCGUGUAGGAUGGCAAACGUUCCUCACCUUAAUGUUUCAGCAUUACAAUCAUAUCAUAGACGCGAUGCAGGCAUUUGAAAAUGUACCCAUCUCACAGCCUUUAAUACGCCACUGUACCUAUAACAAGCGAGAGCCUAUCACACGUGUCUUGGCUUUGAGUCAGUCUCCACCUAUGCAUUACAUCAGCGUCGGCAAGAGAGGAACUCUCGUUGUGUGGAACAGUGAUCUGAACAACAUGAAACCACUGGAGAUGAAUGUAGGCCGCUUUAAUAAAAGGCAAAAAUCCAUCCCAAAGUUCCAGGAAUGGACCACCGAUGCUGUCUACAUGGGAAAUGUUCACAAGAUGGCUGUGUCAACCCUGAGCAGGGGCAUCCACUUCUUUGACGUUACCACUACAUUUGGUUCUGAGCAGGUUCAUUUGUUUGGACUGAGUCAUACUGCUACUGCUCUUUGUUAUUGGUAUGACACAGAGGGAGUCAAGAGUUGUGACUUCAGUUUCUCUCUCAGUCUGCUGGUAACAGCUGGAGUGGGUCCUGUUGUCAGAGUGUGGAACCGCUAUGUGACCUCCUCCCCAACUGCGGUUCUGCACAGUCACCAGACCUCUGUGGUGGAUGUGGUUAUUCACGAAGCAUUGGGCAAGAUCUUCAGCUACUCUAAGGACGCUGUGCUGGAAAUAUGGGAUAUUCCUUCUCAACAAUGCGAAAAGACAUUUCAAGUGAAAUUCCCCAAUAUCCAAACAGGCGUUACCCCAGAGCAGGGCAGCUUUCCUUUGCUCCUCAACCUGACUGCGGAUCCUGUGCUCCUGGUGACUUGCAGGGAUUAUCUGGCCGAGUUUCGACUGAAAGAGUCCAACAAAACAAAAACCAACAACAGGUCUGGCCCGUACACCUGUGCCCUCUAUAAUCCUCAUCUUGAACAGGUAAUCACAGCCUGUGCUGACUCCACAAUCACUGUCUGGGAUGUGAAGACAGGAACUAAGAGGAUGGAGGUAAGAAACGCUCAUGGUAAGGAGGAGGUUUCCUGUAUGGCUCUAGACGUACACCAGCGCAGACUGAUCUCUGCAGCCACCAAUGGCACGAUCAAGGUGUGGAACUUACUGAAUGGCCACAAUCUUCAUAAGCUAGAAACCGUCUCCAACACAGUGGUCACCGGGAUCAUCUGUCACCGUGACGACAUGCUUUUAGCCACAGGCUGGAGUCGACAGAUCACUCAGUAUAGCAUUGCGUUUUCAAAGGUAAGGGCCUGUUUGUGUCUCAAUCAUACACUCUUUAAUGGCUACUUAAAAGCAAAAACUGCUUUCAGCCAGAAUAAACCUAUAAUGUGCAUUGUUUCUGGUUAUGGCUUUCAUUAUCUUAAAUUGGCUGUGUGCCUUUGUGAGACGUCUGUGAAAACAAAGUGGGUUUUAAUGGUGGGCAUCUAUGUACCAUCACAUCUGCCAUGGAUGUCUGAUCAACAACACAGAGAGGAUAUCUUGGCGAUGGAUCAAUGUCUAGGUCUGGGGCUUCUGGCUACUGGUAGUUCUGAUGGAGAGAUCAUUAUAUGGACGCUGGCUGUUCAGAAGCCCAACACACGACUGCGGAGAUCCCAGGAAGGGAAAGUCCAUCUACCCAUUCAUAGACUGCUGUUCUUGCAAAAACGAGCUGAGCAAAGUCAUUUGAGAAACAGUGCUGUGCUGCUCAGCUCACAGGCCGGAUCCGUCUGCUGGUGGAGCAUCUAUGGGUCCAGACACAACCACGGCAAACAUGAUAACCGAGACCAACUGAUGACAGGACAGUUUUAUGUGCCUGAUGAAUGUGAUGAGAGUGUGAUGGGUUUAAGCACAGACCAGGAAAACAGUCUACUUGUCACUGGAGACACCACAGGAUCCAUCAAGGUCUGGGACAUCUCACAUUAUGCCUUAUCUGCUGGAGAUAUGGAGUCUGCAAAAGAAUUGCCUCCACUGCUACACUAUUGGAGGGGCCAUGAGAGGGCGAUAGUGAGCUGUGAGGUCCUGGUGUACGAGUCUCAACUCUUCGUGCUGAGCGCAUCGGUGGACCGUCGGGCCUGUCUCUGGACCCGUGAAGGAGGAUGUGUGGGCUGUUUUGGACAGGAACAGCAGUGGGAUUUGAGCAACCCAGACACUUAUCAAUCCAACAGAGAACGUACCAGUCCAAUCAAAAAAGAAAAGGAGGACAGCCAAUCACGUGCCAGCUCGGGUGAAAGUUCAGGGGAGAGUGAUCAUCCACAAAAAGAAUUAGCUACAAACCUCCAAACCGGUUGUACGGCUCUACAAACCCCAGACUUUGAGCGCACACCUGACCAGCGAAGCUCUUGGUACCCACUGUCUAAAUACAAUAAGAAUCUCUCUGGAGAGGAUCUUCUCGAAGAUCUGAAGAAAAAGAUGGCGGCGCAACGACGCAGGCGGCAAAUUAUUGACGGCAGCUUUGGGGAAGAGUUCACAGGAGAUCAGGAGAUACCAGAGAUCCAUGAGCUAGAAGAAUCUCUGAAGACCUGGGAAUUGAAGAUGCGGCAGACUUCCUCCAGAGGAACAGAAGUGAGCUCUCAGAUAUUCUCCUCUGAAGAUGUUGAAACACUGGAGGACUAGACAGUGGGUAUGAUGGAGGUUACUGGUUGUAUUUUUUGCCACAGGUCAGUGAUUUACAGUGUUUGGCCCAGAAAUGCACCUCCUCUGUCUUAACAGUGGCUUUUGUGCUGUCUUUAUUCUGUUAUUUGAAGCUUUCAUUUACAGUACAGGAAACUGUAAUUUUAAUAAUAAUAAAAAUGAAAAUCAAUAAAAAUGUAUUGCUAUAA